AUGGAGAAGUACCAGGAUAAGUACCACCCGAAAUUUGUUCCAGGUACCUAUUCAAUUCGUGCUGUUAAAAACAGCAAGCUAUGGGGUGGUAAUGGAGAUAGUAAGGUGUGGAAGAUGAGAAACGGGAUGAUAUUGUUACCCCAACCUUCUAAUUCAAUUAAUGACCCCUUAAAUUGGGGUUUCCUUCGCAAAUCUGUUCAUUUUAUCCAACUGGUCAUCUUGGCUGGGUUCACUGCCGCAAUAUCCAAUAAUGCUUCCGCGGUGCAGACUGACAUUCAUGACGAGUUUAACAUCUCCUACGACUCAAUGAAUACGGGAGCAGGAGUGCUGUUUGUUGCGAUCGCAUUAAGUUGUUUUUUACUUGGUCCUAUUUGUCGUGUUUACGGUAGAAAAAUUGUCUACUUGAUCGGCCUAGUUUUUGCAGUGCUGGGAUGUAUAUGGUUCACUGAACUAAGGAAUCAAGCCGACGCUAUUUGCUCCCAAAUAUUCAUUGGCAUAAGCCAGGGAAGUACCUCAGCUCAGGUUCAACAUUCCUUUUCAGAUAUGUUUUUUAAUCAUCAGCUUGGAGCCUCUAUUACGAUAUACGUUUUGAGUUAUUGUAUAGGAACUUAUCUUGGUCCGUUGAUAACAAGAUACAUAACAACAAGCCAAGGAUGGCACUGGGUUGGAUGGUAUGGAGCCAUAAUAGCUGGUAUCUUGUUAGUGGUGUGUAUCUUGUUUUUGGAAGACACUUCGUUUGACAGAUCACGAUAUGAUGCUCUUUUGGACGGUGAAACUCAGAAAAACUUUUACGAGACAAAGUUAUCCAGAUUAAACAGCAGGGGCCAACAGAAAUUGCAACAAAUCAAGGAAUUGCAAAACAUGCUUAGAAAUUCACUAAAUGCAACUUCCACGGAGGAAGAUAAUGACUCCAUAAAUUUGAGGCCCUAUAAUUUAUAUUACCCCAAUGGCCAAGGCGAUGAAGAAGAACCUAAAUCGUACUAUCAAAGGAUGAAGCUUUUACGAAAAACCCCCAAAAUUGGAGAUUUUUCUAAGCUGUCUUCUUUACUGGUGCAUUCGUUAAAGGUAUUUUCCUUUCCCUCAGUAUGGUUAAGUGGCGCCUUUUUUGGUUUUCAACUCUCUGCCUUAUCGUUUUAUUUAACUACAGAGGACACUAACUAUGCUGAACCUCCGUUUUCUUAUAGUGAUUCUGAAAUCGCCCGAAUGAACAUACCACCUUUAAUAGGAAGUAUUAUUGGGUGUCUUUAUGCUGGGUCCACUUUAGACUACUUUGUGCUUUGGUUAUCCCGAAAGAACGAUGACAAACGAGAGGCCGAGUUUCGAUUAUGGUUUGCACUCUUGAAUGCUAUAAUAUCCCCGGCUGGAUUGCUAAUGUUCGGAAUUGGCACUGCAAGGAAUCUAGAUUGGAGAGUAGCGUAUGUCGGUUUAGGAUUCAUAGGAUUUGGAUUCAGCGUUGGCAGUGAUCUGGCUUUCACUUAUGUUAUGGAAUGCUAUCCUGAAAUGAUAUUGGAAUGUAUGACAGGUGUGGCAACUAUUGCUAACUUCCUAGGCUGCAUUUUUACUUUUGCUUGCUCUCCUUGGUUGGACGCUUCUGGAGUGGAGAAUACGUACAUAGCACUCGCUGUUAUUAAUAUUGUUUUAAUGCUUGCUUCACUUCCAUUUAUUAAAUGGGGCAAGCAUUUUAGGGCCCGUACGAGGGAGGGCUAUUUGAGUUUUGUGGAGAAUAUAGAAAAUUGA